GGUUUAUAAAUACARUAAGAAAGAAGCAAUGAUGUUGCAAAAGGAAAUUGGACAUCGCUCUUAUAUUUGGGAUACUGCAGGCAUUGAUGUCAAAGGUCAUCGGCUAACCUAUGCACCUUGUACGUGCUUGGAAUGUGCRCUUAAAUCUCCCGAAGAGGAACAACCACAGCAUCAUGGCGCUCAAUUCCUACAACCUCUUUCUAAGGAGUGGCCGGGUUUUGAGGUUCUUAUACAAGAAAUCGGAGAUCAACACUUUAUCGCCGUUGGUGUGGUUUGUGAUGGUCAUAACCUUCACAAAUUUCCCGGAUGGCGAGGCAAUACCGCUGGGUAUCAUGUUGAUGACGGAAGAAUCUAUGAUCGGCAGGACCCAAAGAUUGGAAGAGAGUGUAAAGGUCCAAUGGCCCAGAGAGGUGAUCUUAUUGGCUGUAAGAUCUUGUUUGACGAACAGUCAAAGGAAGGUGUUCUUCCUGUGUCAAUCACACUCAAUGGAAGGAUAAUUGGACAAGCCAAGGUCAAGGGAAAAAGCACAUUUGACGGCCAAUGGAAAGACAAUGAUUUUUAUGCCUUCAUUGGCAUUGGAUGGGAAGGAGUUACAAUACUUUUCAAGCUUUUGCCUCGUGAACAAGAUCAUUUCYUCGAKCMCAAGGGAAGCGAUUCAGAGGCGGAUUUUGCAGCUCCUAUYGGAGAAAAAACAAAUGAUGUCUUUCCAAGUAUAAGUGCAGAUWUAAGUGAUCUUCGUGCAGAGAUAUCAGGUCUUGCAAAAGAGCUUCAAAGACGAAUGGAUGAGUUGUCAUUUCAUGUUAUGGAUAUGAAUGACAAAUUACUGGAUUUGGAUAGUAAAAUGAGUGAAGAGGCGUAUGCGGUCGGUGGUUCAAGGGGUUCCGGAGCUUUGCCUCCCUUGGCAGAAGAAAUUUUUGAAACCUGAGACUUUCCGGAUAAUCAACAGAAUGACACAUUUUCGGAUAGUCCAACAAUUUGAUCGGCGUAAAUCAGAAAAAAAAAA